AUGGGUCAAAAAGGGCCACCAUCUAUAUCAAACCCCUCGUCCUUUAGGUUUGUUACAGGUCAAUUGGGAAACAAUAGCGACAAGAACAGGCAAACCAACGUGACUGAAACUCCCGAAGAUGACAUAGACAAAGACCUGGACGAGCUUUCCGAGGAGGAAUGGUUCCAAACAGGAGUCGACUUUGUCUUGUCCGCACAUCCCACGGGCCAUGCUGUGUCAAUGCAAGGCACACUGCUACAACUUGCACCCCCAACCCUCGACAGUGAUUCGCGAUGGCAGGUUUCGGCGGAAGUCUUUCAAAGGCUCUUUGAGAUGGCGGACAGGCUUGAUUUGAAUGGGUACAUUACGCCUGUCCAGGCGUGGAACAGGAUAAGGGACCAUGAGAACUUUCCACGAUUGACGCGCGAGAGAUUGAAAACACUGGAAAAUGCCAUGAGGCCUAAUAUCAAGUGUCAGGGAUUCACAGCAAUUAUGGAGGAAGCCAUCUUCGAGAUAUUGCUGAACAAAGCCCUUAGUCCUUGA